AUGUCGUCGGACAUAAAGUUUCAGCAAGAUAUGCCUCCUGCGGGAGGCUAUAAACCCAUAGAUUACAAAAGAGUACCAGCCAAAACAUUCUUCAGUGGUUGGGCACUCAUAGGGGGCUACCUUGGAAUGACGGCUGGGGCUGCGUAUCUAUACUAUCUGAAUUGCAAAGCAGUGAGAGCAAGAGAACUGGAAAUGCGGAGCGCUAGCUUGGCCAUAUAUCCAAUGUUAUUAGCGGAAAGAGAUCGAGAGUACUUGAAGCAGUUGAGAAGGAACAGGGAUGAAGAAAGUAGUCUGAUGGCAAAUGUUGAAGGUUGGAAGACAGGGACCUGGUAUGGAGAACCUAUAUAUCACACAGCACCACCAAAUACCCUGAUAAAUCCAAAAUAUGUUGAGUACUAUGUUCACAGUUCAUUUAAAGAUUUUUCAGAAAGAGCAAAUAUGGCAUGGCUGUCUUAA